AUGAUGACGAGCAUAAUAGCCAGGACCGUGGACCAGACGCGAAAGGCGGGCGAGUCGAGCAGCUUCCCCAUUAGCGUCUUCACACACGCAACCCAACCACACGAGACGGGGCGUAUCUACCCAGGGAAAGACAAUGGCCCAUACGGAUACGGCAAACUGCAUGGGCGGCUUGCUGCGGAAGUGGUUCACAAAAGAGCGCCCGAUGCUCACCACGGCAAACGUCCACCAAAACGUCCCUUGCCCCCAGAGCGUCAGACCGACCAGCAUGCUCGCGUAGCCGAGCGGCCGCAUGGCGUCGUCGGUCAGGAGCACCCUCUCCGUCUGUCCCGGCUGGGCGGCCCCCAACUUGCCAUUCAGCGACAGCAGCGCGGCGCCGAGCGCCUGCAGACCGAAGCUUGUCUGCCCCCACGGCCCGCACGAGACCAUCUCGGAAAAGACUUGCGCGCCGACGAGCGGCUCGGCGCCCGUCUCGGUCUCCCACGGCGACAGGACGCGGGCGAUGAAGAGGAUGUCGAGGGCUAUGGCCAGGGGCAGCCCGAGGCCGACCUCGAGGUACGCGACGAUGAUCAUAGGCACCUUUUCGGCCGGUGUGAGGAAGGGCCCGGACGCGGUGGCGGCGCAGAGCGUGCCGGCGCCCGCCGCCGAAGUGAGGGCCGCAAUGAGCGGCAGCUGGGUGCUCGGCGUGAGGCAAUUGAUGAAGCCGCCCUCCGCAUGGAUCGAGUGCACAAAGAUGAGCGGGAUAAACAGGCACGCCGCGACAGCCAGCCCACAGUUCACCCACCACAGCACGUAAACAACCACGGCCCAGGACCGCCCGCCCCACGGCCCGGGUACGACCACCAGGGCCAGCAUCUGCACAAUCGACAUGAAGGCGACGCUGACGCUCGCGAGGCACGCCGCCUCGGAGGUGUCGGACGCGACGGCCCGGAGGGCCGCCCGGGGCGAGGGGCGCGCGGCGGCGAGGCGGCACAGGUACAGGGCGCAGGUGGCGGCGAGGAGCGCAAUGGCCGCGACCCAGAAGAUGACGGAGAUGGUGUCGAGCCCGCGGAAGCGGUAGUCGAGCUGGUGCAGCACGAGGGCGACGCUGCCGGUGCCCUGCGGGAUGAGGAACCACGGCGAGUGGAAGCUGCUCAGGGCGAGGCGCGCGUGCGAGGGCCGGCCGGCGACGCCGCGGGCGUGACGGCCUUCCGGGGAGCCCAUAUCAAGGCCGUUGAAAUGAGCAGAGAAGGCGAGGAUUGGGCAUCACCGGGCGAGACAAUGGUUGAGGGGAUUUGCACGUGUAAGCUGAAGAGAUGA